CAGAACCUAGCAAAAACGCACAAAGCUCUGAGGCUCGCAGAAGAAUACAGAUCAACAUAACAGAUCAUGGAUUAAUCUCGAGUUUUUGGCAGCUGCUGCUCCUUCAGUGGAAACUGAUCCCUCAUUAGCACAAGUGAAGGCUUCAGGUCGCCCCUUACAUAAUGCACUUACCUCCAACAAUGGCUUUUUAUCUCCGGCAAUCUUCUCCUGUGUAUAAAUACAGACACUGGACAUCAAUAUCUCACAUCAAACCAUCCUCGCAAUUGCAACCAUGCUCCAAAUUACAGCAUCCAUCCUGCUUCUCCUCUUCAUCCAGUGUCAGGCUGGGGAUGUAAAGGUGCAAGACAAUUUUGACACAAACAAAUUUAUGGGUAGGUGGUACGCAUUGAUGGCGGCAUCCAACUGCCCCAUGUUUGAACAAAUGAAAGCUCACAUGACCCGUCCUAUCAUGGUUUACACCUUGCAUGGCGACACUGUGAAGACCAGCAUUGCUUUCAAGGGACCUGAGGGCUGCAUGCAGAUGGAUGCCAUUAUGGAGACCCUCGCCCCCGGGCACUACAAACACAAGUCUGCGGAAGGAGAUAAUGAACUCACCAUCGUCCACACGAAUUACGAGUCACAUGCUAUGGAAUUUAGGAAGACCACCCAUCCAGGAGGCACCUGUAUAACCAUCAAUCUGCACGGGAGAGAAAUUAAUCUGCCAGAAGAAGUAAAAGCUAAAUUUAUGGAUUACAUGCACCAUAUGGGCCUCAGCGAUAUGACGAUAUUCAGUAAAGGAGAGGAAUGUAUCCCCAAAUGAUUUUCGAGAUCGCACCCAGCAAACCCCCCGCACCACCCGAAAAUCACUCUGCACCUCUUACUAUCCCUCCAUCUCUUCUCUGAUCCAUUGUGCAAUUAAAUAAAACCAAAGAAAGCA